AUGGAGGAAACGGAUCCGCGUGCCGAUUCACUUUACAACGUGAAAAAGGCGACUGCAUUUCCAAAACGUGUGGACGGAGUGAAUUACCGCUGUACAUCAGCCGAAGUAAACACGCAAGAUUGGAGCAAAGAGUACCUGGAAGGGACCCCUCCCACUCCUUCGCCCUCAGCUAUUGCUACAUCGCCGGAAUCGUUCCAGGCACAGGACUAUCUGAAACUGAAACAAUAG